CUAUGGCCUCCACAAGCAUGUGGAAAUCUUAAUGACCAAUUUCACAUGGUGUCUUUUUCUCCGUAGAAUGUCCACAGAAGACCAGAACAUAGAAGAGAGGCUUGUCUAUGAGGCUGUAUUCAGGCACUUCAAAAGAUAUAAGGUGGAAAUUUCAAAUGCAAUAAAAAAAACGUAUCCUUUCCUUGAGGGACUCCGUGACCGUGAACUCAUCACCAACAAAAUGUAUGAAGAUUCUCAAGAUUCUUGUAGAAACCUGGUCCCUGUAGAAAGAGUGGUGUACAAUGUGCUCUGUGAACUGGAGAAGACUUUUGACCUGCCACUUCUGGAAGCAUUGUUCAGCGAGGUCAACAUGCAGGAAUACCCCGAUUUACAUUACAUUUAUAAAAGCUUCGAAAAUGCAGUCCAAGAGAAACUUUUCCUCCAUGAAAGUGAGGGAGACGAGAGGGAGCAGAGGCUUAAUAUCCAACUAAGCCUUGAACAAGGAACAGGUGAAAACUCACAUCGAAGCCCAUCCUGCUCAUGUGCAGAAGCCUCGUCUUAUGAUGGUACAAUCCCACCUGAAAAUGGACUCUCAGAGCACCUCCGUGAAACAGAACAGAUAAAUGCAAAGAGAAAAGACACAACCAGUGACAAAAAUGAUGCACUAGAAAGCCAACAAGCAAAUGAGCAAUGUGCCCAGGAGUCUGAGCCAGCAGAGUCCUGCGAACAAGCACCUAUCCAAGUGAAUAAUGGAGAUGCAAGAAAGGAGACGCCCAGCCCAUUGCCAUGUGAUGAAGAACGAGCACAGCUACGCAACCAUGGACUCCAACUCAAUUCCUGUUCUGUACGUCUGGUGGAUAUAAAGAAGGAAAAGCCGUUUUUUGACACAAGGGUUGAACAGCAAUCCCAAGCAAGGACUAACUGUAACCAGGCAUCUGACAUAAUAGUGAUCAGCAGUGAGGACUCCGCAGAAUCCAGUGAUGAAGACGAGCCCUCAGAAGCCUCCCCCUCGAUACUGAAAAGUUGGCCUGCAAUCAAUAACCGGGACUCAUUAGAAUCAAGUGAAGGAGCAGAGACCCAAGAAGCUACCUGCUCACGACCUCAGAUUAUACCAGAGCCCAUGGAUUUCAGAAAAUCACCGACAUGCAGAAAAAGCCUUUGGAAAAGAGGUAAGAACAAAUUGGUAAGACCUGGAGACUCUUCAGAGUCCAGUGCAGACGAGGCAUCCCCGGGAGCCUGGAGCUCUGCAUUGGGAAGUGGACCUGAUGAGGAGGAUCUUGGAAAUGUUGUUUCCACAGCCUGUCUGGAUGAGAUCCAGAGCUGGAAGAAGAAGAAGUAUGUGCAUACAAGUGGAAAGGGGACCACCAGUGAUGACUUUUCAGAAUUGAGUAACAGAGAAGAGCCUCAGGAAACUUCUAGCUCAGCCCUAAGAAGUGGGUCAGGUAAAGAAGAUUAGGAUGCCAAGCUGCUACAAGAACUUGGAAAUGAGAAGUGUUCCUGUGUCAUGUGUUUUUCAAAAGGUGUGCCAAGAGGCCAAGAAGCAAGGACUGAAAAUAGCCAAGCAUCUGACAUCAUGGAUACCAUGGAUAUUGGAAACAAUUCUACUUUGGGGAAACACAGUGAGGAAAGAAGUAAGAGCCUUGGCAUCACCGUGAUCAGUACUAGACAGGCUCCUGAAAAGUCACUUUUGAAUGGUGGUUUUGUAAAACACUACUGUUUACAAUGCAAUGUUAUAAACAAGAGACAUUUAUGUUAUUUUUCUACUUUCUCAGGGAGAAAAACAGUCAUCACUGGGCCUUUGAAAAGACGCAGAAAAAGAGGUCCAAGAAUUCCCAGAGACAAAAAGAUGAAUUUUCGACCUCCUGAACUUCCCGUGACCUGUGGUGAGGUGAAGGGGACUUUAUAUAAGGAGAAAAUGAAACAAGGAGUCUCGGAGAAGUGUAUACAGAGUGAGGAUGAAAGGUGGUUCACCCUCAGGGAAUUUGAAGUUAAAGGAAACUACGGAGCAUCCAAGAACUGGAGGCUGACUAUACGCUGCGGCGGAUGGCCCCUGAAAAUCCUGAUUGAGAAAGGAUUUCUACCAAACCCGCCACGAACAAGAAAAAAGAGAUUACCAGAGUCUCGUGACAAUGCCUUAGUUGACCCUUAUCCGCAAAACUCAAAUGUAUGUGAGGUAUGCCAAAGAAGGGGACUGCUGUUCUGCUGUGAUACUUGUUCAAGAUCCUUUCAUAAGGAAUGCUACAUCCAGCCUAUAGAUGCUAACAGGAACCCAUGGAGUUGCCUCUUCUGCAGGGUAAAGUUUAUUCAGGAAAGGUUCUCAGACAGCCAACGACGUCAUCAGGAAUCUGAGGUCCUGAAGAAGCAGAUGCUGUAUGAGGAGAAGUUGAAAUGUGAGUUCCUCCUCUUGAAAAUCUAUUGCUGCUCAGAAAGCCCCUUUUUUGCCUCAGAACCAUACUAUAGUAAAGAGGCAUCCUGGGGCCAGAGGAAGCCCAUGUGGUUAAAUAAAAUCAAGAAAAAGCUGAAUAAGAAGAUGUACCUCCGAGUGGAGGGCUUUGUGCGGGAUGUGCGCCUCAUCUUUCAGAACCACAGGGCAUUUUACAAGGACCAGAAGUUCGUCAGGCUGGGACUUCAACUAGAGGCCAAAUUUGAGACUAAUUUCAAAAACAUUUUUGCAAUUCAGGAAAUAAGUAAAAACAGUUCUCAGUUUGAGCCCAUAGUUUGA